CGCCUGGAGCCACGCCCUUCACUGCACCCCACCACUGCCGACGUAGAGCCUGGAAGGCAGGGGAGCCACGGCCGGGAUUUCAUGGCAACAGCACCCUAGGGCUGCCAUGGCAGCUGCUGCCGCCGAUGCCCCACGCCAUAUUACCGCACUGACGCCGGAGGACGAGGAAGGAAGAGCCGCUGCCAAGCUGUACGGAGGCACUACCCUGCCACGGACAGAGAGAGAGAGAGAAGGAGAGAGGGAAGAGCGAGCCAGUGGGACUUUGUUUGGUUCCCAGGAUAAACUUCGGCUUCACGCUUUCUGUCACACGGGAGAGAAACCCUUCCACUGCUCCCAGCCACACUGCACGAAGGCCUUCAGCUCCAAAUAUAAACUGUUCAGGCAUAUGGCCACACACUCUCCGCAGAAAACUCACCAGUGCUCGUUCUGCGAGAAAAUGUUUCACCGCAAAGAUCACCUGAAGAACCACCUGCAGACCCAUGACCCCAACAAAGAGGCCUUCAAGUGUGAGGAAUGUGGCAAGCACUACAACACCAAGCUGGGCUACAAGCGUCAUGUGGCCAUGCAUUCAGCCACGGCUGGGGACCUCACCUGUAAGGUGUGCCUGCAGAGCUACGAGACUACCCCUGCACUGCUGGAGCAUCUCAAGAGCCACUCGGGCAAGUCCUCCGGAGGUGCCAAGGAGAAGAAGCACCCGUGUGACCACUGUGACCGCCGCUUCUACACACGGAAGGACGUGCGUCGCCACAUGGUGGUCCACACCGGCAGAAAGGACUUCCUGUGUCAGUACUGCGCCCAGCGCUUCGGCAGGAAGGACCACCUGACGCGGCAUGUGAAGAAGAGCCACUCUCAGGAGCUGCUGAAGAUAAAGACGGAGCCUCCGGACAUGCUAGGCAUGCUGGGCUCUGGCUCCUCCCCCUGCACUGUCAAAGAGGAGCUCAGCCCCAUGAUGUGCAGCAUGGGUUCCAACAAAGACCCCACGCUGGCCAAGCCGUUCCCCAGCGGCACCUCCUUCCCCAUGGGCAUGUACAACCCCCACCACCUCCAGGCCAUGUCCAACCCUGGGGUGGGCCACCACCACUCUCUGAUGCCUGGCUCCUUGUCCACUGCCAUGGGGAUGGGCUGCCACAUGGAGCCCCCCCUCCACCACCCCCAUCACCCGCACCACCACCACCACCACCACUACCAUCACCACCACAUCCAACACUCUCCCCCGCUGCCCCACCUGCAGCAGCCCCAACAGCACCAGCAGCAACAGCACGCCCAGCCGCCGCCCAAGUACCAGCUGGGAUCUACCUCAUACCUGCUGGACAAGCCUCUCAAAGUGGAGAUGGAGAGCUUUCUCAUGGAUCUGCAGAGUGGGCUGCCGGGCCACCACUCAGGCGAUCAUCAUCAUGCUGCUUCCUCGCCCCCCAAGGAGGGACUAGAGCACCCCUCAGGCCUGACAGACGAGCUGUGUGGGGACCCCCUCCUGUCCAAGAACCCUGCUGUCAUCGCUGAGGCUCUGUGCGCUGCUAACAUGGACUUCUCUCACCUGCUGGGCUUCCUGCCCCUCAACCUGCCCCCCAACCUGCCCCCAUACAACGCCCCCAUGAGCACAGCAGGGCUUGUCAUGAGCUACACCUCGUCUACCCCUGCCUCCUCCUCUUCCUCCUCUUCGUCAUCCUCAUCCUUGCAUGCUGCCGAGCCCCACACCGUUGCCACAGCUGCAGCCGCACCUCUUACCUCUUUGCAACCUCAACCUCCGGAGCAGCAGGGUUCCAGCGGGUGCCUGGGUCUAGGGCCCCUGCACACUCUCCCGCCAGUGUUUAGCUCCAGCCUCAGCACGACCACCCUGCCUCGCUUUCACCAGGCCUUCCAAUGAGGGGCCACCAGGCCUGGCCCGGUCCCUACCCCUUCAUCCUCAGCUCACUGCCUGGGCGCCCAAGGUCCAUGGGCCUGCUGGCCGCAAGGACGGUGAUAAAAACACAUGAACACUUAGAAGCCUUAAUUGAAUCACACAAAAGCUUUUGAUUAGAGAAAACAGAACCCUUUAUUGAAACAAAAGGGAAAAGAUGAGACAUUUUAAAACAAAACUUUCUUUCUAUCUUUUAGUUAUAACCUCUCCCACCAACCUAUCUCCCUGAUCCAUGAUCCCCUCUCCCACCAACCUAUCUCCCUGAUCCAUGAUCCCCUCUCCCACCAACCUAUCUCCCUGAUCCAUGAUCCCCUCUCCCACCAACCUAUCUCCCUGAUCCAUGAUCCCCUCUCCCACCAACCUAUCUCCCUGAUCCAUGAUCCCCUCUCCCACCAACCUAUCUCCCUGAUCCAUGAUCCCCUCUCCCACCAACCUAUCUCCCUGAUCCAUGAUCCCCUCUCCCACCAACCUAUCUCCCUGAUCCAUGAUCCCCUCUCCCACCAACCUAUCUCCCUGAUCCAUGAUCCCCUCUCCCAUCAACAUAUCUCCCUGAUCCAUGAUCCCCUCUCCCUUUAUUAUGUAACUAGUAGGCAGCAUCAGUAGGCCUGAAGGCAUGGUACUGCUACUUUAUAAAGUAAUAAUAUUAGGAAAAAAAUCAAAGAUUAAUUUUAGAGAAGAUGUUUUGAAGUGGAUGAAAUAUAAUUUUCUUGCUUUUCCAAAUGUGACUGAACUUGCUAGAUUAUCUCACCUAUGAGUGUAAAGGUCUGAACCACCUGCCCAGAAACACACCCUGUCUGUCAUCAUCACCGUCAGGGGGAAAAUAUACCCUGUCUGUCAUCAUCACCGUCAGGGGGAAAACACACCCUGUCUGUCAUCAUCACCGUCAGGGGGAAAACACACCCUGUCUGUCAUCAUCACCGUCAGGGGGAAAAUAUACCCUGUCUGUCAUCAUCACCGUCAGGGGGAAAACACACCCUGUCUGUCAUCAUCACCGUCAGGGGGAAAAUAUACCCUGUCUGUCAUCAUCACCGUCAGGGGGAAAACACACCCUGUCUGUCAUCAUCACCGUCAGGGGGAAAAUAUACCCUGUCUGUCAUCAUCACCGUCAGGGGGAAAACACACCCUGUCUGUCAUCAUCACCGUCAGGGUGAAAACAUACCCUGUCUGUCAUCAUCACCGUCAGGGGGAAAACACACCCUGUCUGUCAUCAUCACCGUCAGGGGGAAAACACACCCUGUCUGUCAUCAUCACCGUCAGGGGGAAAAUAUACCCUGUCUGUCAUCAUCACCGUCAGGGGGAAAACACACCCUGUCUGUCAUCAUCACCGUCAGGGGGAAAAUACACCCUGUCUGUCAUCAUCACCGUCAGGGGGAAAAUAUACCCUGUCUGUCAUCAUCACCGUCAGGGGGAAAACACACCCUGUCUGUCAUCAUCACCGUCAGUGGGAAAAUACACCCUGUCUGUCAUCAUCACCGUCAGGGGGAAAACACACCCUGUCUGUCAUCAUCACCGUCAGGGGGAAAACACACCCUGUCUGUCAUCAUCACCGUCAGGGGGAAAACACACCCUGUCUGUCAUCAUCCCCGUCAGGGGAAAGAUUAAUGAAGGAAUGAAGUGAUAAUUCCCCGCCAACAUUGCCCUAUAGGCCAGCAUUGCCCUCCUCCAAUAGGCCAGCAUUGCCCUCCUCCAAUAGGCCAGCAUUGCCCUCCUCCAAUAGGCCAGCAUUGCCCUCCUCCAAUAGGCCAACAUUGCCCUCCUCCAAUAGGCCAGCAUUGCCCUCCUCCAAUAGGCCAGCAUUGCCCUCCUCCAAUAGGCCAGCAUUGCCCUCCUCCAAUAGGCCAGCAUUGCCCUCCUCCAAUAGGCCAGCAUUGCCCUCCUCCAAUAGGCCAACAUUGCCCUCCUCCAAUAGGCCAACAUUGCCCUCCUCCAAUAGGCCAACAUUGCCCUCCUCCAAUAGGCCAACAUUGCCCUCCUCCAAUAGGCUACAACCACACUAAAAAUAUCUCAGAGAAAGACUCGAACAACUGAUUAAUGUUAUGACUCAUAGAGGCAGAUCAGUUGUCCAGAAAGUAUAAAACAGAGUUGAUUAACAUUGAUAACCAACGCUGCCAAACACAGCGACCAGUGGCGCCCACAUAUUUAAUGACAAAGAUAUGUGAAAACAUCUGAGUCGUUAGAAAACAUGCCAAGUCAUGCUGGUUUUAUCUUGUUUUUCUAGAGAAGCAUUUUUUUUUUUUGCAGAAGGCUCUUCACCUUUCAGAAUCUCUUUGGCUAACCCUCAGUGAUGAUGACCCUGUUUGGUUAAAAAACAAACUGUAAAAGCUGCUCUUGAAAACAGGUCAUUACCAGUAUUUGACUCAUGAUGAUUUUCCUUCCUUAAACUGUCUUCCUUCCAGUAUUUGUUUUAAGAAGUCUCCAUGGUAACAAUAUGCCACACAUUACUGAUAUGUAUUUUUCGGGGGGAAGAAAACAAAUAUAUUUUCUCUCUGUUAGAGAUGCAUGGUAAUAACCACCCUGACAUAUGUGAAUAGCAAACAAAGAUGACAACGAUGACAUUGAGGAAAACGUCUAAAAGAAUGUUAUUGCAGUGUACAACAUAUCUCAUCAAAAAUGAAUAUUAUAAUUGCUUUUAUCUCAGUAAGGUGUAUUUAGGAAGACAUGUUAAAACAAAGUGAUGAUGUUUUUUUAAUGUCUGGCAGGUUUAUUGUAUCUGGCAUUUUAUUGCUCAAAAAAGGAUGAAGUAUUAGCUUUGCUCUUUAGCUUUUCUCCGCUGUAUUCAUUCUUCAACCUUUACCUUUAUCUCUAUCUUUAUCUUUAUCUCUACCUUUACCUUUAUCCUUAUCUUUACCUUUAUCUUUACCUUUAUCUCUACCUUUACCUUUAUCUUUACCUUUAUCCUUAUCUUUACCUUUACCUUUAUCUCUACCUUUAUCUUUAUCUUUAUCUCUACCUUUAUCUUUACAUUUAUCUCUACCUUUACCUUUAUCUCUGCCUUUAUCUGUAUCCUUAUCUCUACCUUUAUCUUUAUCCUUACCUUUAUCUUUACCUUU